AGUCAAAGUGCGGUUGCCACAAUGAACUUGAGGUGAAUUACAUGAAUGGAUUCGUUUCUCCGUUUGCAUCAUUUCAACAUAACAACGGACUGGGUGGGAGCCUGCCAUGGAGAGGGAUAACAGCACACAAACUCUAGAGCUGGGAGAAUGUGAGCACACACUGGACACCAGCGUGGUGCUGGACAACUGUACUGACUCUGCCAGCGGGAACCUGUCUUUACGCUGCUGGCUGCAGUUGUUGACAAAGGAGUCUAGUUCGACGCUACAAGGUGAUGGGUCUAGUUUGGCUGUGCGUGUGAUGAUCGCCCUCAUUUAUUCAGUGGUGUGCGCUCUGGGACUUGUAGGCAACUCUCUGGCGCUCUACCUGCUGCACUCGCGCUACCGGCAGAAGCAGUCUUCCAUCAACUGCUUUGUGAUGGGUCUGGCUCUAACCGACCUGCAGUUCGUCCUAACCCUACCGUUCUGGGCCAUAGACACGGCGUUGGACUUCCGCUGGCCCUUCGGCAAAGUCAUGUGCAAAAUCAUCAGCUCGGUCACCACGAUGAACAUGUACGCCAGCGUAUUUUUCCUGACCGCCAUGAGCGUGGCCAGGUACUAUUCCAUCGCGUCCUCGCUGAAGAUGCACAGUCGCCGAGCGGCGGCGGCUGCGGCCAAGUGGAUCAGCUUGGGCAUUUGGGUCGUCUCCCUGAUAGCAACCCUCCCACAUGCUAUUUAUUCCACUAUCGCCCAAGUUGCGCCAGAUGAGGAGCUGUGCCUGGUCCGCUUCCCUGAAACGGGAAGCUGGGACCCGCAGCUGUUGCUAGGAUUGUACCAGUUGCAAAAGGUCCUGCUUGGGUUUCUGAUCCCACUGGUGGUGAUCACUGUUUGCUAUCUCUUACUUCUAAGAAUCGUGCUUAGCCGUAGGAUUAGCAGCGUGGCGGGCUCCGAAAGUGAGCAGGGGCGGCACAAGCGGUGCUCGAAGGUCACCAAAUCGGUUGUGAUCGUCGUCCUGUCGUUCUUCUUGUGUUGGUUGCCCAACCAGGCCCUGACUCUGUGGGGCGUCCUUAUUAAGUUUGACCUGGUGCCCUUCAGCAAGGCCUUCUACAAUGCCCAGGCAUACGCUUUCCCACUGACUGUGUGCUUGGCCCACACAAACAGUUGCCUCAACCCGGUGCUCUACUGCCUGAUCCGCCGCGAAUUCCGGGCCGGACUCAAAGAACUCCUGCUGAGGGCCACGCCGUCCUACCGAAGCCUUGCCCGGCUGCUCCCACGCAAGGCCAAAGUAGCUGAGGCGCCCCCUGUACUGGUUCUUGUGCAGAUGGAUGUUUAAAAAAAAAAGCAGAUUCUUCACGUUCAUCUUGAUUUUUGAUUGACGGGACGAAGCAGGCGUGAGGAACGUCCUUUGGGAGCUGCCCCACUUUCCCUUGUGCUUGUUCAGAAACACUUUUGCGCAUUUGUCUUUCUCUCUCAACUUCCACGUACCUUUUGACGCGCAGCCGCUUUCACAUGCACCUCCGGUCACCAGAGCCCUUGGGAAUUCAGGACCCAUUCACCUUUGUUUGCUUUGCUGCAUACUAGUAGCACAUCUUAAGGAUUUUUUUUUUCUAGAGACAUCCUUCAAGGGAGCGAUAAAUUAUCCAUGUGUGUUUUCAUGCUUUGAAAAAAGAAGAAAAAAUGUUGAGAGUCUAGUCUUCUCUUAUUAGAUAUAAAAAAAUAUGUGCGGGGGAUCACUGGUUAACACAUCAA